AAUAAGUCAUUAAAUAAAAUUAGGAUAAUGAAAUGUUAUUGAAGAAGAGAGAGCUCUCCUAUAAUUUAUUAGACAAGUAAAAAAAAUACCCUAUCUCAUUGCAUUAUUUUUCAUUUCAAUGCAUACAAAGUUCAAAGCACUCCCUAUCUUUGAGUUAGGGCAAGAAUAUAAUAUAGCGGCUACCUUCCUUCUUUAAACCCCAACUUAUUUGAAAUAUUGAUUUGAUAUCUUUUACUCUAAUAUAUUUUGAAGUGUAGAUGUUUAAGGUUGACUUACAUUGACCAAUAGAACUUUUUUUAUACCAAAACCCAAUAUACAUAGUUACAUACCACCAUAAUCCUUUACAAAUUACUAGUGUACAACCAAUCACACCUGAUUUUUACCUUACAAAAAGAACAAUGGAAAACUCGAACUCAAACCCAAAUCAGAUCAAGAACAGAUCAAAACCUCAUGCAAUAUUAGUAGCACAUCCUCUACAAGGCCAUUUAAUCCCAUCCGUACAACUAGCAAUCAAAUUAGCAUCAAAUAAUUUCUCCAUAACUUUCAUCAACGCAGAAAACAUCCACCAUCAAAUCACUCUUUCCAACACAACUAAUCAUAGUCAUGAUGAUAUCUUUGCUGAAGCACGAAGAAACUCACCGAGCUUAGAUAUUGAUUACAUGACAGUUUCUGAUGGGCUGCCCGUCGGGUUCGAUCGGUCGUUAAACCAUGAUCAGUGGGUUGGGGCGACUAUUCACUGUUUUCCUGCGCAUGUAGAGGUUGCUGUGGCUAAGAUUGUUAGAUCUAAGCCGGCAGUUUGUUGCUUGAUUGCGGAUAGUUACUCAGUUUGGGCGUCAAAAUUGGCUAAGAAAUAUGGAUUGUUUUAUGUGUCGUUCUGGACUGAAUCUGCUAUGGUUCUUGACUUUUACUUUCAUCUUCACUUGCUUAAGGAAUUUGGUCACAUUGGUCCAGGAUCAAGUGGGUGCAAAGAUGCUAUUAUAGACUACAUUCCAGGAAUAAGCUCAAUUAAACGGACAGAUUUGACAUCAUAUUUACAAGAAGAGGAUUUGACAACUAUGGCACAUCAAAGCAUUUUUCCAUCAAUAGAAGAUGCAAAACGGGCUGAGUUCAUACUUGCUAACACAGUCCAUGAGCUUGAGGCCCAGCCCAUUUCAGCCAUUCAGACCCAAACUCCAUUUUAUGCUAUUGGGCCGUUGUUUCCUAUUGAAUUUAGUACAAGCCCAGUAGCCACAAGUCUAUGGGCUGAAUCAGACUGCAUUACAUGGUUAGACUCAAAACCACCAGGCUCAGUUUUGUAUGUUUCCUUUGGUAGCUAUGCACAUAUUAGUAAAGAGGAGUUAGAAGAGAUAGCUAAUGGAAUCAAGCUUAGUGGGGUCAACUUCCUUUGGGUGGUUCGACCCGAUAUGGUUAGUUCGGAUGAUUCGGAUCCAUUGCCUAUUGGGUUUAGGGAUGAGGUUAAUGGUCGAGGUAUGAUCGUGACAUGGACUAAUCAAAAAGCGGUGUUAUCUCAUCGUGCUACAGGAGGGUUUUUAACGCAUUGUGGAUGGAACUCGACUUUGGAAAGUAUAUGGUAUGAAGUUCCGUUUUUAUGUUUUCCUUUGUUGACGGAUCAAUUUACUAACCGCAAGUUAAUAGUGGAUGAUUGGAAAAUUGGGUGUAACCUUUGUGAGGAGAAGCCUUUGAAAAGGAUGGAAGUAUUGCAAAAAAUAAAAGAUUUAAUGAUAGGUGGAAAAUUAGGGUUUGAGCUCAAAGAUAAUAUCAAGAGGAUCAAACAACUUCUAGAAAAUGCAACAAAAGGGUCUUCAGAGAAAAAUGUGCAUAGCUUCUUUGAGGAAUUGAAUGUAGCUAUUGAGAAGAAAUCAUUAGCUUGUUAGAAUAGGACCAUUCAAAUUAUUGCGUGAGACAUUUUCAAUUUAUGGUUAAAUAAUCGAACUAAUAUAAUUAUUAGUAUAUAAGCUUCUUGUUUUAAGUCAUUUCAUCGAGAGAUAGACUAGCUCUUAAUAUUGUAGUCUAUUUUUAAAAUAUGUUUUUAUGCUCCAAGGCAUGUUUGAAUUGGCAAAAAUAAAUAUUAU